CAAGGUGCCAACACUUUAAUAGUUACUUUAAUUGCUGCAACAGAGUCUGCAGGUUGAUUCAACAUUGCCUGACCUGAAAGAGAUUAUGAGUUCAUUUGACCUGCAAACGCAGUCACCCCCUCGAUGCAGUCCCCAGUUCCCCAGCAUCGGUCAGGAGCCCCCAGAGUUGAACAUCUUCUGUGAAAACUUCUUCCACCAGCAGAACGCCCAGCGGCCGUCCAACUAUGACAUCGAGGAUUACGGCUCAUCCAGCAACCCCUACCUCUGGCUGAACGGGCCCCCCAUGAACCCCUCGUCAUACUUGCCCGGAUCCAACGGCAGCCCCUUCAUCCCGCAGUCCUACGGGAUGCCCAGGCAGUUCAUCCCCAACAGCGGCAGCCUGGGGGGCUCGGACCUGGGCUGGCUCUCCAUCCCCAACCAGGAGGAGCUGCUGAAGCUGGUGAGGCCUCCAUACUCCUACUCGGCUCUGAUCGCCAUGGCGAUCCACGGAGCGCCGGACAAGAGGCUGACCCUCAGCCAAAUCUAUCAGUAUGUGGCUGACAACUUCCCCUUCUACAACAAGAGUAAAGCCGGCUGGCAGAACUCCAUCCGGCACAAUCUCUCCCUCAACGACUGCUUCAAGAAAGUACCCAGAGAUGAGGAUGACCCAGGGAAGGGAAACUACUGGACCCUGGAUCCCAACUGCGAGAAAAUGUUUGACAACGGAAACUUCCGGCGCAAGAGGAAGAGGAAGUCCGACCCCAACGCCUCCACCGCCGGUCUCGGAGCCGAGAAAUCGGAUGACGGCCCCCACAAGGCCCCCCUGAGUCCCGGAAUCCCGGACCCCUCCUCCGCCCGGACAGGCACGUCUCCAGACAAGAAGUCUCCGGCUCCCGUCUCGGCUCCCUGCCUCAGCAACUUCAUUUCCAGCAUGUCCACAUACAACAACCCGCCAGGCGGGAGGCAGGCUCCUCUCGGACUGGUCAGUGACACUUCCCAGAGAAUGGGGCAGGGCAUGAUGGGGUUCAGCUCCUACCCACCCUCCGGCAACAUCCUGGGCCAGUCCGGCUCGGAAUGGAGCGACCCGGGAACGUCAAACCAUUACGGUUACUCAUCAGUCCUGAACCAGUUCAACAAUCACUUCUACAACAGCCUCAACGCCAACAGCCUGUUGUACCCCAGGGAAGGUACAGAAGUGUGAGUGGAAGAUGUGCACAAUGAAGGAUUGAUGUGAAAAAUUAAUAAUUACGGCAACAGAAAAAAAAAUCCAUUUGAUGCUAAGUAGUUUAUUUAUGAGAAAACAUUUCGUGAGCAUUGUAUUCCAGUAUUUUAACUCUAUAAUUGGUUUAAGAGGAUACUUGUGUCACUUAAAACCAAUCAUCUUGAAGCUUGGGGAGAAUAGGUAUAUAUUGUGGUGUCUCAGGAGACUCUAUAAAGUUUGGACUGAGGUUCCGAUUAACUAACACAAACGUUAAUGAGACCAGGAGGCACAGGAGCAGAGCAGCCUAUUGACUUUGUCCCACCAUUCAAUGAGAUCAUGAUAAUCCUCAACUCCAUUUCCUUGCCUUUACCCCUUUCUGAACAGAAACCUGUCUAUUCUUGAGUAGACUUCACAGCCCUCUGCGGUGAAGAAUUAAUGGAGCCUUUCCAAACCUGUGGGCCCACAAUAUUCAAGCAGAGCCCCUGACCAUCGGAGUAGGAGUUGGGAUGGGAUUUGAGGGUUACAUUUCCCAGGCCGAACAGGCCUCCCUUGGACACUGGGUCAAAGUUCACAGGCCACUUUAAACCAACACUUUCUGAACCCAUCCCAACAAGGUAGCCUCAGAUGGGGUGGCACUAUGGCUCAGUAGUUAGCACUGCUGCCUCACAGCACCAGGGAGCCAGGUUCGAUUCCAGCCUCGGGUGACUGUCUGUGUGGAGUUUGCACAUUCCCUCUGUGUCUGUAUGGGUUUCCACAGGGUCCUCCGGUUUCCUCCCACAGUACAAAGAUGUGCAGGUUAGGGUGGAUUGGCCACGCUAAAUUGCCCGUAGAUUCCAGGGCUGUGCAGGUUAGGGUGGAUUGGCCGUGCUAAAUUGCCCGUAGAUUCCAGGGCUGUGCAGGUUAGGGUGGAUUGGCCGUGCUAAAUUGUCCCGUGGUGUCCAGGGCUGUGCAGGUUAGGGUGGAUUGGCCGUGCUAAAUUGCCCAGGGAUGUGUAGGUUAGGUGGAUUAGCAAUGAUAAGUGUGUGGUUGUGGGGAUAGGGUAGCGUGGUGGGUCUGAGUGCAUAUGUGAUGGACCAAUUGGCCUGCUUCCACACUGUAAGGACUCUAUAACUGGAAGAUUGAAGAAACUCCCACAGGCUGUAGGCUGCUCUGAGGUCUGACUUAGCGGCAGUCAGGUGAAAUAGGAUCUGCAGCAUAGGCAGGCACUUUCAAAAAUCAUCUUCAAUUGACCUCUGCCUCUGAACUGGGAAUGAGUGAAGCUCAUUCUCUACCCCCCCCCCCAGUCACUAUCCAGUAACUAUCUGUUAGAAAGCAUGCGGGCUUUGGCUGGUGACCAAGAAACAGGUUUCUCUCAGCGUGAUGAUCUUCAUGGUUGAUAAACCUGACAAGUUCUCUCCCUCCCUUUGCAACGAACGGGAAGAGUAGAAAGUCGUCAUAGUACAGGGUAGAGAGGAGAAGGGUACUGCUAAAGAUCCAGCAUUAUCAAUAAUUUCAUGCGUGCAUUUCCAUUCUGACAUUCAGUCUACAGCAGUUACUUGAACAGGAAGAUUUGAGUCAAUAUAAUAAUCGUCUAUUAUGUGUUGUAAGAUAUUUAAAGUGAGUUCAGUAGGUGUGACAGCUAAGUGGCAUCUAGUUGUUACAAAUUUCAAACAAUUGUCCAUGACUUUCAUCAAGCUGAUUACUGUGUUUCAUUGUGGUUUGUAAUUUGUACAUUUUUUUCUGACAUUCAUUUCUCCGCGUUGUAAAAGGUUACCUCAAAGGAAAAAGGGAUGUCAAUUCACAAUAAAAUUCUCUUGGAAAAGA